CGCCGGAGGAAUUUCUGCGAGCCGAGAGCAUGAGGAGCUGGUGCCUGUGUCAGAUCUGCACCUGCGGGCGACAUCAUUGUCCACAUGGAACCACAAGGAUUUAUGAGAAUUCAGGAGUGUUUUACCCCACAACUGAAUAUAUGGAAAAAUAUCCAAAGUAUGGCAGUGUACUUCCACCUCAGAGUCUUAAACCCAAGCAAGAAUUUCAAGCGUGCCGUGGUAAAAUGGAAGGAAUAAGUACAUUUAAAUCAGAUUACCGUCCCUAUGAAAUAGUCAAACAGCCUCGCCACAUACCAGAAGAAUAUAAGCCUAAACAGGGGAAGAUUGAUCUUGGUACUACCUACAAACAAGAUUUUAAUUCUUAUAAAAUGCAGCCGGUGGCAAUAGUUCGGCCUGUGGAAAGACGACAAGUUAAAAAAGAAAAGUUGGACACUGUCCCUACUUACAAAGAUGAUUAUAGAUCUUGGGAAAUUCAGAAAAGUGAACUUUGUAAACCAGAACAAGCAUACCAUCCCCCGACUGUAAAAUUUGGAAAUUCAACUACAUUUCAAGAUGACUAUGUUCCUCAGGAGGUAAAGCCUAGGCAGAGCUGUAAGCCCUGCUCUGUGGUCAAGUGCUCUGCAGUCCCUUUCAGUGGUGCUACCAGUCACCGCCUUGAUUACGUUCCUCGUCAGCUAGAAGUCAGAGUUGCAAGGCCAAAAGAAGUUUACAAGCCAACUAAUCAACCUUUUGAGGAUCUCACAACUCACAGGAAUGACUUUCAGGGUCUUGCUGGUAAAACUGCAAAACUCUGCAGACCUGCCUAUCCCAGGGUGACCCAACGUGCUCAAUUUGAAGGCAGCACUGAAUUCCGUGAAAGUUUCCAGCCAUGGGAAAUCGCCCCGCCUGAGGUCAAGAAAGUGCCAGAGUAUGUGCCUCCUGCAGGCAGUAUGCAGUUAGACAGCACCAGCCAUCUUGAUUACGUUCCCUAUCAGAUCAACCGUGUUGCGCCUAUCAAGCCAGUUUCCCAAAGCAGAAAAAGCAAUUUUCCUUUCCAAGGAAAAAGCACCAUGAAGGAAGAUUUUCCAGCAUGGGAAAGUUGUCGUCAAGGACUUAUUAAACAGCAGCAGCAGAUUCCCAACCCAUCUGGAAAUUUUGAUGGUUUGAGCACUUUCAGAUCUCACUAUGUACCACAUGAGUUGGUUCCAACAGAGAGUUGCAAACCUUUAAAUGCAGCCCUGAAGAGUUCUGUUCCAUUUGAUGAUGUCACCAUGUACUCUACAGAGUACACACUGAAGAAACCGGAAAUCUGCCCAGCCAGCUAUCCCUCUCCUCCAGGUUAUAUAUUUGAAAAUAUAAAUUCUCAAGGUCAUAAAUUCUUUCGCAAGAUAACUCCUGCAGUGAAAGCCUUUUAAUCCUCAAAUAAUGCUUAAAUGAAAGUUAGCAAGAUACUGGUUUUCUGAGAGAAAACCUAACAUAGUGAA